AUGUUCAUCAUAGACUUGCUCAGUCCCCUCUACCGCAACACAAUCAUGAAAACCAUGUUUAGUAUCUUGGAUCCCGUCACUGACUCUAUUGUCAUAUACCUAUUGGGGGCCAUGCAAACAACCAAGUACACAAAUCAGCUGUUCCCCGUUUGGGCCCUCAUGCUUGUUAGUUUCCGUUGUGACGCCGACUUCAUGUCUGUCUAUGGAGUUCAUGACCGCCGUGGACGACGGUUCAUGGAGUGGAGGAACGUGGUGAAAUUUAUGGGAUCGGCAUUCUUGAACUGGCACAGCUCAAGGUUCGUGCUUCCAAUCUGGUUGCUUUUGGCUCUGCUGAUACUGCGGAGUGGGUACAGAUUCUAUGCGCAUGGUCUGGCACUCCGUUCUGUCUGGCAUGGCAAGAGUUCAGAGGUGGUUACAGAGUACAUGCGUGCCGGCCCUCAUACUAACAACUGGAAACCAGAUGAGUGCAAGCCAGAUAAUAAUAUGGAAGGAUACAAAUACUUGGUCCAUGGAGAAACCCAUCGGAGAAUCAAACUCAAGAAGCCUCGGUAUGUCUCUUGUAUCAACAUUUCAGAGUCUGACAAGCAAGCAGAAGCUGAGUACGGUUUUUCAUCGCUGGUCACCCUAGACAAGAUCUGGGGAUGCUGCAGGCACAUGUUACACCCAGACAAAAAUGUGGGGAAUGGCCCAAAGGAUCUCUCGCUGGCCUUCGCAUUGUCCAGACUGCUCCUGUGUAGGCUCGAGGAUAUGACACUGCAACAAGAAAUCUUCUGCAUCAACCGAAAGCUAGUUAAGACUAAGAUCCUUGAGGAGCAGAACACUGGCCACACCUUCAGGGUCAUGGACAUGCAACUAUCCUUCGUAGCCCACUACUUCAACACACGCUACCAUAUGAUCUUCUGGAAUGGAUUGUGUUCUCUCUUCUCAAAUCUGCUUCUCUCUGCGGUGGCCGUCGGUGCUAUCUAUUGGCUUGCUGCGGACGCCCGUGAGAUUUAUAUAAAUAAUAAUCAGGCUAAUAUGGAGCAUAGGUUCAAUCUUGACAUUAUCAUCACAUGGCUAGUAUGGGUUCUUAUGGUGUUCAAAGAGACUUGGGAGUUGGCCAGCUACUUAAUCUCAGACUGGACAACGUUACUCCUCGUGUGCAACUAUGCACAGUGGAAGGAAGAGCGCACUAGAAACAGAUGUAUGGAGGGCGCAAUAUCAUCCCUCUCCCAAAAUAGGGUAGCCACUACUCCGUGGUCUGGACUUAUUGACCAGUACGUUUUCUUGGAGUCGUAUGAUAACAGACCAAGAUUCUGGAAUCUGCUUCACAUGAUAACCAUGGGAAUGGUUCCAAAGAAAGAUGAUGGAGCAAUGCUUGCCUGGGCCAUCAAAGUGCCAAAAUGUGUCAGGCCCGCAAUACUGAAGAAGCUCUGUGCAAACCUAGAGAAGCUCAGAUCUCCUGACAGUGCACAUGUUCAGCCAGACAAUCGUAAGAGAAUUCAUGAGGAGCAAGGUCACUUUCUUCCCAAGGCCAUCACAUCACUGUCCGAUGCUGACAGUGAGCGAAUGAAGCGGUACGGUUGGGCCUGCUACGAUCUACCUACGUGCUCACAUGUAAUUCUGGUGUGGCACAUUGCAACCAGCCUCUGUGAGAUGAAGCUUGCUCAAGACCAUAAUGUCGACUUAAGCAAACAUGGGUUGCUGAACUCCGUCUUGUCAUACUUCGCAAGUUGCUGCACAUUGAAACCAUAUCUUUUGGAUGUGGAUGAGAAGACGAAAGAAAAGAAGAAAGUGAAUGAGAAGUUGCCUCACAAGCUCCAGGAAAUGUACAUCACUGCGAAUAGCUUGUCUCGAUAUUGUGCAUAUCUGCUAGUUUCAAAGCCCGACCUGAUCCCUGACAGCUUUUAUGUACCCAAGAUGGUCUUACAAGAAACCGUGGCGCACGCUCGUGAUCAUAUUCUUAAAAACUGCGACUCAUUGCAGAGCAGGUAUGACAAACUGAUGGAAGAAGCAGUGAAGGCCAUUCAAGAUGCCGACAGCGUCAUGAAGAGUGAAGAUGUUGUGCGACUGGGCGCAAAGCUGGGCAAGGAACUGAUUGAUCAAGAGACUCAAGAAGAAUGCUGGGAGAUCCUGUCUGGGGUAUGGGCAGAUUUACUAGUGCACCUUGCCCCUACUUGGAACGCAGAGGCGCACAAGGAGUGCCUCGAGUCAGGAGGGGAAUUCAUAACCUAUAUCUGGGCACUGCUAUGGCAUUGUGGAAUCGAGAAGAGCAAACUAUGGCCAGUGGAAGAGAGGGAUGCGGAAUGGAGGGAACACAUGUUACUUCAAUGCAGUGUUGCAGAGUCUCCUUGCACUUGA